AUGGACCAACUAAAAGACAAGGUCGGGCGGAGGCUCACGUCGGCUCGCGCCUGGGAGCUACCAAAGCAGACGAGUGCCGUGGCUCCGAAGGAUGUCUGGACCAACCAUGACAUGGACCCGACUCCCCCCGAAGAGCAGACCUGGUCCAUCUGGGUCAUCAUGGCCUACUGGAUGACCGACACGGUCAACCUGGCCACCUGGCAGGUCGCCUCUGGCAUCCUAUCUCUGGGCCUCUCGUGGCGAGAAGCCAUUCCCUGCAUGGUGGUUGGCACCGUCUGCGUGGCCGUGCCCAUGGUGCUCAACGGGGCCAUUGGCUCGACGCUGCAUAUCCCAUUUGCCGUCAUCACGGCCGCCAGCUUCGGCUACUAUCUCCGCUACUUCUGCGUCGUCAGCCGCGCCGUCCUCGCCAUGUUCUGGUUCGGCAUCCAGUCGGCCAACGGCGCCCAGUGCGUCACCAUUAUGCUGCGCGCCCUCGCUCCCGGCUACAACGACAUCCCCAACGUGCUGCCCGCCGACGCGGGCAUCGACUCCAAGGGCCUCUGCUCGUACUUCAUCUUCUGGGUCGUCCAGCUGCCCCUGCUGCUCAUCCACCCGACCAAGCUGCGGCCCAUCUUCUGGAUCAAGCUCUUCAGCGCGCCCGCCGCUGCCAUCGCCACCAUGGGGUGGAGCAUCCGUCAGGCCGGGGGUGCCGGGGACAUCUUCGCCCUCAAAGCCGAGGCAACCGGCAACUCCUACACCCUGCUGUGGCUCACCGGCAUGACCACGAUAACCGGCUCGUGGGCCACCAUGGCCUGUAACAUCCCCGACUUCACCAGAUAUGCGCGCUCGCGCCGCGGCCAGUUCGUGCAGAUGCCCUUUCUGCCCAUCAUUUUCACCCUCUGCGGCGUGCUGGGUAUCGUCACCACGUCAGCCUCCAAGGUCUUUACCGGCACCUACGUCUGGAACCCGCUCGACAUCAUCGCCAUGUGGCUCGAUCUGGGCAGCGGCGGCCGGUGUGCGGCCUUUUUUGCCGCCUUGGCCUGGUAUAUCGCUCAGGUUGGCACCAACAUCACGACAAACUCCAUCUCGGCCGCAAACGACUUGACUGUCAUGUUCCCACGCUGGAUCAACAUCAAGAGGGGUUCCGUCAUUGUUGCCCUCGUCGGGGGCUGGGCCUUUGUUCCGUGGAAGAUUCUGGGCUCCGCAACCACCUUUCUGUCCUUUAUGGGCGGCUACGCUGUUUUCCUGGCCCCCAUCAGCGGCAUCAUGGUAGCCGACUACUGGCUCGUCAAUAGGCGACGCUACGACAUCCCGGCACUCUAUGAUCCCAAUGGCCGCUACCGCUUCGUCGGAGGCUGUAACUGGCGCGCGUCCGUCGCCUUUCUAGUUCCCGUGGCGCCCUUGCUUCCGGGGCUUGCCUUGAGCAUCAGCGGGCCGUCGGCGGUGAGCGUCUCACAGGGGGCGCAGAAUCUGUACUCUGUCAACUGGCUCUUUGGCUUCAUUCUCUCCAUCCUUCUCUACACAGCCCUGAGCCUGAUGCUGCCUGCAAAGGGGGGACCGGGAUCGAUCCAUUUGUCCCUGCCCAUGACGUACAACGACGAGGGGGCCGUGGACACGGAAAGGCGAGGUAGCAGGGGAGAAAAGGGUUGUUCAUAG